AUGUUCUUGAACACAACUUCUGCCCGAAGGUCGUUUAGCAUCCCCAUCAGCAUCAACCUGCAGGGCGCGCGCAGGCGGCCGACACAAGAGCUCCUCCACCCAGUGGCGUUUCGGGGGCAGGAUUCGAAGAGAGGUGUGGUUUGGUGUGGGCAAGAGCGGGCAAAAACUCAGAUGCCCGUGUCAAGUGUUGGGGAAGAUAGAGCCACCCUGCUGGGCUUUACCAUGAUGGCCUUCUCCGUCCUCAUGUUCUUUGUGGUUGGCCUCACCACGGUCAAGCCCCACCUCAACAGUAACUGGGAAGAGGAGGCCAGCUGCUUGCUGGUGUGGGCUGAUAUUUUGGAGGAGUGGGCAGACUGCAGAGGGGUGAGCACCGUCCCAUGCCUCAGGGUGAUGGUUAACGUCACCAGUUCUCAGCAGAUGGCAUUUCUCCAUUACGACGAGGAGUCGGUUCAACUGGCUCUUGAGUGUUUCUACAUACCCAAUUGUCAGAUGGACAAGACAGAACUUCAAAUUGAGGUUCUUGAAGUGAAAAACAAAUUAGAAAGUCGGCUGGGGGACACCUUUUCCUGCCUGGCUGACCCAACAAGGCAUCCGGAGGCGGCCAUCUUAAACAGGAAGUACACUUUGCAGCGGGCCUUACUUGCCUUGCUGUGGCCCAGUCUGAUGUUGGGUGGUGGGGUUCUGCUGGUGGGGCUGGUGAAGCUGACACAGUGCCUGGCCCACCUGUGCUCUGAGGUGUGUGGUGAGACAGCGGGGGUCAGGGGAACCUCCAGAUACACCAAGGGUAAGCUCUACGGGCUCCUCGGGAGGUCCAGCGCUCACUCCCCCACACAGGACUGCAUCAAAUGA